GUACAUAUACGCCAAGUUCCAACACGGAACAUAUUAGGUGAGGGACAGGAACUGCUGGAGCCAACUACUCUAGUAUUAUAGGGUGGCAACCGUCAGACAAAAUGGCCACAACGACAGAGAGCGUGUCCAAUGGAGAAGGGCAUGUGAACGAGGAGAAAGGAGACACCCUCAGGCCCGAUGAUUUAUCUGAGAUGUUGGCUGCUGGUACCAAAGAUGUUCAUGAAAAGGCUGAGAACACACAAUUUGUAAAGGACUUCCUCAGGGGGCGAAUCCGCAAAGAGCUCUUCAAGCUGGGAGCCGUAGCUCUGUACUUCACCUACACCGCCAUGGAGGAGGAAAUCGAAAUAAACAAGGACCACCCCCAUUUCGCCCCACUUUAUUUUCCGUCGGAGCUGCACCGCCACGAGGCGCUGGGCCGUGACCUCGAAUACUUCUACGGCCCCGAAUGGAAGAGCCAGAUCAGCUGCUCCCCGGCCACCCAACGCUACGUGGACCGCAUCCACCAAGUGGGCCGGGAUGACCCGGCGUUGCUGGUGCCCCACGCCUACACCCGCUACAUGGGAGACCUGUCGGGGGGUCAGGUGCUGAAGAAGGUGGCGCAGAGAGCCCUGAAGCUCCCCCCCACGGGAGAGGGCCUGGAGUUCUACCAGUUCGACGCCAUCGACAGCGCCAAGGCCUUCAAGCAGCUUUACCGCAGCCGCAUGAACGAGCUGGAACUCGAUGCGGAGACCAAGAAGAGCCUGGUGGACGAGGCCAUUAAGGCCUUCCAGUUCAACAUGGAGGUUUUCGAGGAGCUGGAGGAAAUCGGGAAAACCUUCCAGGAGGAGGUUUCUGAAGCUGGAAUGCCCAUUCAUGGAGACACGGGAGGUGACAUCAGCAAAUGCCCCUAUUACGCUGCCAAAAUGGCAACGAGGGGUGGGACGGCGUACGCAUGCCAGCUGGCCAUGGCCGUUCUGCGUCACCCCACCGGGCAGGUCCUCAUCGCCACGUGGUUCGCCGCCUUAGCCGGCCUGGCCGCCUGGUAUGUGAUGUGAGGAGCAAGAGAAGGUGAAAAACACUGAUGGACGGGGGACAUAGUAAGAAGGCUUCUCAGGCUCGGAGACCAAGUGUAGGAAAAGUUGCCACGUGCAACCACGGCAAAUAUACCUGGAUCUGGAAUUCCAAUGCGUUGAUUUUAAGGACCAUAUUGACCCCCCCGCCCUCCUACCACCUGUCUAUCAGCCUUUUUUUUUUUUUUUUUUUCUACCUCCUUUGCAAUAUCCAUCCAUCCUGUCAUGAGUCAUUUGUCCUCACAUCAGGUUUUCUCACACUUUCCCAUAAGGUGACAGAUGUUUGAAGCACAGAUUUAUGCUGUAAAGUGAUACAAAUAUGAUUAUUAAUGAUAGUUGCUCGCUAAAAAAUACUAUGCAUAUGUUAUGGACGAGCUUUCUGAAGUGUUUUUGGCCAUACAGGGUCUCAGUUUGACUCAGGAAAGAAAACUUGACUAAUAUAGCGGUUUAUUUCUCACACAUAAGCUUCACUAGCUGUUAUUGUUUGACGUUGCGGUGAACAAAGUCCAAACUGCAUUGACGUGCUGCAAAAAAACUUCUGGUCACAUUUCAUCAUUACCACGCUGGCCUUCAAUGUUAAAUACUGUAGUUCCUCAUAUAGUAGCCAUUUAGUUAUGCAACUGCACAAAAUCCCCCCCCCCCCCCACAAAUUUCCUAAAAAAUACAUUUUAAUAUUAUUAAGUUAAUUAUAAUAUUAAGUUUGUGUACUUCUGCUAUUUUCCCUUUUAAAAACAAAAAAAAAUGUUUUGGGGGAAGGCUGAAAUAAAUGAAUGGCAUUUCCAUUCAGUUCAAUAGGGAAAGAUGAUUUGAGUGUUUAGAGUUACGAGUGCGGUCACAGAACAAAUUAACCGAUAUCACAACGCACCACUGUACUAUAUAUUACAAUAUAGUAUGUAUUGUAAUACAGUGAACUCCCCUGUAUGUUUGCAGUUCAGUAUGCGCUAAUUUGCCUAUUGAUGGAUUUUUUUGUAGGGAACCUAUCGUGUGUCUUUGGCUUAAAAACUCACCUAUUUACUGUUUUUGUGCUUUAAACCCUGUCCUAACAUGAAAAUACUGCUUUGGCGCCAUCUGGAGGCAUCUAGAUGCCAAACAACUACAUAGAACAGGCCAUCGCCUUGUCGAAUAGAAAAAAAAGUGCUUUGCCGUCACUCAUGAACCUCAGCCUUCCGGUUGCGCUCUGGAGAUCAUAUUUAUAUCAGCUUUACAGAUACCAAGCCACAUGGUGGUAUUAAUGACAGUAACCCCUAAAUGCGCUCUCAUAAACUGCAAUUGUCAGCUUUACAGAUGCCAAAUCUACUCUGCAAAAGACCGCAACACAUAACUACAGCUACCUAUUCUGUUCAUACACGUGGACGUGACUAACGAGGCGUAGAGACAACUAUUUGAGGAAUUACGGCAUUUACACUUUGACAAGCGUAUGAUAAACACAUAUGCGCUAGUGUUAAAACACAUUGGAAUUAUGCAGCAAGACUUUUCGCAUUACAAAAAAAACUGCCUUUUUUUUUUUUAGAUUGCACAAUUUUGACUCCCAACAUGAACAACAAAUAGUUUAAGCUGACAAAGGAGCCUGUAUUCAUAAUAAUACCGUCAUAAGAAAUAGCCUAUUGUAUUAUGAUGAAUGAUUGUUAUUUUAUACAUAGAGUAUAUGUAGAGCACAUCCACAGUAUAUGAAGGCCUAUUUGAGUAUUUAUAGUUGAGUCGGAACUGCCUCAGGUUAGGUACCAACUUAUAAAAGGGUUUCAUUAAUAUUCACGGUUCCUUUAAUUCAUACUGUACUGUUUUAUUGUUGCUACUGUGUGUACAUGCAGUGUAAUUGCAGUCCCCCCCCACAGCAUUUUAUAUUAUUCCUGUUCUAAAAGGGCACUUUUCAACCCCAGUUUAACGUUCCUCUUCAAACCCAUCCACACUCAUUGAAGUGAUGUUGGGUUAUUUUGGAGACUUAUGUCAUGUGAUGUUUAAAAGAGGGCAAACCAGUGUGACACUGGGAACUGCAGAACAGUACAGAGUCUAAUGGAAAACAAGUGGAAUGCUUUCACACAUUUGCAUACACUUGUACUACUCUCACCAUCUGGACAACUUAAAUCAGUACACAGUGGAUUGUAGAAGAGAACGCUGCUGUCUGUAAUGAAAUAAAACCCAUGUGACUGACAUAUGGGACCAUUUUUGUUGAUGCUUGACUGUGACUUACAAUAGCUUAAUUUUGGUUCAUUUAUUUUC